CUGAUAUUAAAUACAAACAUUGUCAACAACAAAAUAUUAAUAUUUAUAUAAAUUUAAAAGCAAAUAAAACUCCAGCUAUAGAUAAAAUAAUUUUAGAAACAAAUAAAACUUCAGAAAUAGAUAAAACAAAUUCUAAUACUAAUAAUAAAGAAAACAAUUAUGAAAUAAUAAAUUAA